AUGAAUGAAUCUAACGACGACUUUGCUGAAUUGAAUAGGAGUUUCGAUGAGUUACUGACUGAAAGCGAUGAAGCAGAACCUUUUGCAUAUGACGAAGCUGCUGUUCAAAACUUGAUUUUGCCUGUGGAAUCAGACUCAUCCGAGAAUGAGAAUAAUCAUGAUGAGAGUGACCACGAUGAAGAAGAAACGUGGCCUGAAGAUGUCGUCAUCCACGACAGAUUUACUUUCGACAUGGAAUGCGGCCCUCCUAUAGAUGUCCAAAGGUCCAAGUUUAGCAGGCAGAGAUGGCUAUCGACAGUAUUCGAUAGCCAUUUCUGCCUGCUAAAUUUGGAUCUUUGGACAUUUCUGCCUGCUAAACCUCAUAAUAAUAGAGACGAACAGGUAUAG